GAUCAAUGAUGAAUCCUCUCAUUUCCUGAAACCUCCAUAGAAAUCCCUCAUUAUCCUCUCUGUCUAAAUUCUCCACGGCGUGUUUGCAUUUACUAUGCGUAUGCUGGCAUACGCUUCCGUACAUGUUUCGAACACCACGCCUUUCAUCAUUCACAAUCACUUAAAUGAUCCUAUUCUCUUCACUUUUUACUUUGUUGUCAGUGUGAAUUUUCCAUUAUAAAUUUGAUAGGAACUGGUUGUUUGAUCUAUCCUUUUAACCCUCUGGAAGCUGAAAUUGAGUUGAUGGAGAGACUCUACAGGAAUUCCGAUAAUUGGUUGGACGAACUUCACAAGCGAGAGACGGCUUUAUUCCCGCACAGGAUUUGCUCUCGCCGCCUUUCGGCUUCGCAGGCUCUGGUUCAGCGUCUUGGUUUGUAUGGGAAACUGAAUGGCCAUCAGGGAUGUGUGAAUGCAAUUUCGUUCAACUCUACCGGUGAGCUGCUUGCAUCAGGUUCUGAUGACCGGCAAAUUAUGCUCUGGGACUGGGCAGCACAGAAACUUAAAUUGUCAUAUCAAUCCGGCCACACGGACAAUGUUUUUCAGGCAAAGUUUAUGCCGUUUACUGAUGAUAGCAAAAUAAUAUCAUCCUCUGCUGAUUGCCAGGUCAGGCUUAGCCUGAGACAGGAAAAUGGCUCAGUAGAAACUAAGAGAUUGUCUAAGCACCAAGGACGUGUUCACAGCUUGGCUAUUGAGCCAGGCAGUCCAUACAUAUUUUAUAGCUGUGGGGAGGAUGGUUUUAUCCAACACUAUGAUCUACGAAGUCACUCUGCUACCAAGCUUUUCUAUUGCUCUUCAUUCGCAGAAAACAGCCGGUCUUCAAGUGUUGGGCUGAAUGCCAUGGUUAUUGACCCAAGAAAUCCUAACUAUUUUUGUGUAGGAGGUGGUGAUGUUUACGCACGUUUGUAUGACAUCAGAAAAUACCAAGCCAGUGCAUCAACUAAAGAAGGAAACCCUGCCAACUAUUUCUGCCCUCGUCACCUUAUUGGGAAAGACGAUGUUCGCAUUACAGCAUUAGCUUACUCCAACACCAGCGAACUGCUCGUCUCAUAUAAUGAUGAGCUCAUAUAUCUGUUUCAAAGGAACAUGGGUUUGGGUCCGAAAUUCGUACCUCCGACGUCAGAAGACUCACCUAGCUCCCCAGAAGCACAGGUUUAUUCGGGGCACAGGAACUUCCGAACAGUCAAGGGAGUCAACUUCUUUGGUCCAAAUGAUGAAUACAUCAUAAGUGGGUCUGAUUGCGGCCAUAUAUUUAUUUGGAAGAAGAAGAGCUGUGAAGUAGUUCGUAUGAUGGUUGGCGACAGGCACGUUGUGAACCAGCUGGAAUCCCAUCCACUGAUCCCAAUUCUUGCUACCUGUGGUAUAGAGAAGAAUGUAAAGCUUUGGUCCCCCUCUUCAGAUGAUAUCACCCCUCUGCCUAACAAUGUUAAAGAGAUAAUGGAAGGUAACAGGCAAGGCCGGGAGGACCAUUCCAGGGUGUCCUUCAGCCCUGAUGUCAUCAUGCAUGUUCUGCGACUCCACCGGAGGCAAGCACAUGUGUAUGUCGAGAGAAGAUUCCAUAGAGAAGAUUCGGGAAGCGAUGGGAAUGAUGAUGAUGAUGACCGGGAGGGCUACCUCUUAGGAUUCUCAGACGGUGAUCCUGCAGAAGAUGGUUUCAAAUCGGAACUACGGACCCACUAACUUUAGAGUAUCCACAUAGCGGUAUGUUGCCUCCCCCAUGAUGUAACGACGAAGGGACCGUGUUGGAGUAGGGAGGUUUGGUGUGAUGGAAUGCCGUCGGCUGUCACGCCACAAUUGCAUGACACACACGUGGAGGUCUCGGCCAAUCGCGUGGCGAGUGCAACGCCAUUGGCCAAGCAUAUCAUGGUGUAACCGAUUUAUAAAAAAGAAAGCAUUU